AGCCUAGGGGUUGUAGAGUUCUGUCUACUCAGCUAGUUUCAAUAGAGGGAUUUGAUCGUGCUACUUGUGUCACCACUUGUUAGUGUCUUAGUUUAACUAUAGAGUUGUUGUGUUUAUAUAUCAUCUUUAUGUCUGUGUAGGCUGAUGCUUGUGUAGGAUGUCUUCAGUGAAUUUCACUGGGAAGAAUGUGGAGGAGUUUACCAUCACAGGCUUCGACCACCUCUCUCACCAGAAGCUCCUGGGCUUCCUCAUCUUCAUCACCUAUUUCCUUGUGCUUCUGGGAAGCGGCACCAACAUCUGCAUCAUUUUGACGGACAGACGGCUGCACACGCCCAUGUACCUCCUCAUCUGUAACCUGGCCGUGGUGGACAUCAUGUUCACCUCCAGCACCAGCACCACCAUGAUCUCUGUCCUGCUGGGCGAGGUCAAAACCAUCUCCUACUACUCCUGCAUAUCACGAAUGUACAUCUACCACCUGGGUGACAUCACAGGGUGUCUGGCCCUGUCCGUGAUGGCUUUGGACCGAACCAUCGCUAUCAGCAACCCUCUUAGGUACCACAGCAUCCUGACUAACGCACGAAUAUUUGUGUUAAUCAUAGCUUCCUGGUUCAUAGGUAUAAUAUGCUUAGGAAUUGCUCUUGCUUGGGCAGACUUUGACAACCUUCCAUACUGCCAGCCAAUCAUUAGGUACGUCUUUUGUGAUUACCCAGCUUUAAUCAGGGCUGCCUGUGUCAACCCUGAACCUUACUUCCUGAUUCCCACCAUUCUGGCUCUAUGGCUCCUCGCGGGCCAGUUUCCCUUAAUUAUACUGUCAUACGUUAAAAUCAUCUACACACUCCUGAGACUGCCAAACAGUGAGAGCAGAGCACAGGGGUUUAAUACCUGUAUUUGUCACAUUAUUGUGGUGUCCUGUUACUACGCUCCCAAGUUAGUCUCUGUGUUGUUGACGAGGAUAGGGGUGAGGCUGAAUCUGACGGAGCGUAAUGCUUUAAUGAUUAUAGCUACGCUGUUACCUUCUCUGAUCAAUCCUACAGUCUACUGUCUGAAGACCAAAGAGAUUAGAAAGAGAUUGGUUCAGAUACUGUCUCUGAAAAAAAGAACUGUAUCAAUAAAAUGUCAAAAAGGGUGAGUUAUUUAUUUGUUAUUAUAUAUUUUGACAUAAUCAAAUACAGAUGUGACUUGAAUGACAUGUUUUAUCAAAUCUCAAAUGUAAAAUGAAUGUAUAGAGUCGGGUAUGAAGAGGUAUGAACCCUCACUAACAUAUAUAAAAGUCUUCUUUUAAAUAUCAACAAAUUUAAAAAACCAACGGUUAAAAUGUUGACACACAAUACUAGUUAUCGCAUGGUUUGAUAAUUGUGCAUGAAAUCAAUUUAAUUUUAAGGGAUAUUAAUUAUUGAAAGGUAAAUUAGGGAGUCCCUACAUUUGUCCUGUUUCACACAGUGUGUAACUUGUACAGUGUUUGGUGAAAUAGAAAUGUGCUUUAAGCAUAUCCCACUCCCCCCUGGGACAGAUUGGGGUCACGGCAUGGGAUCAUUAUGGUCGGUCAAACAUAUCAAAUCAGUGUUUAUUGGUCGUGUUUAGCAGACGCUACUGUUUAGCAGAUGAACAAUGCCUGCCCUUCAGGACAUCUACAGUACCCGGUGUCACAGGAUGGCCAAGAAGAUCAUCAAAGACCUCAGCCACCCGAGUCACGGCCUGUUCACCCUGUUACCAUCUAGCAGGCGGAGACAAUGCAGGUGUAUCAAAGCUGGAACAGAGAGAAUGAAAAACAGCUUCCAUCUCCAUUCCAUCAGACUGUUAAACAGUCAUCACAAGCCUACCGCCCCUCAGUACCCUGCCCUGCACCUUAAAACACUGUCACUAGCUGGCCUCCGUCCAGUACCCUGCCCUGCACCUUAGACACUGUCCCUAGCUGGCCUCCGCCCAGUACCCUGCCCUGCGCCUUAGACACUGUCACUAGCUGGCCUCCGCCCAGUACCCUGCCCUGCCCCUUAGACACUGUCCCUAACUGGCCUCCGCCCAGUACCCUGCCCUGCACCUUAGACACUGUCACUAGCAGGCUAACACCAGUACCCUGCACCUUAGACACUAUCACUAGCAGAAGAACACCAGUACCCUGCCCUGCACCUUAGACACUGUCACUAGCAGGCUAACACCAGUACCCUGCAUCUUAGACACUGUCACUAGCAGGCUAACACCAGUACCCUGCACCUUAGACACUGUCACUAGCAGGCUAACACCAGUACCCUGCACCUUAGACACUGUCACUAGCAGGCUAACCAGUACCCUGCUCUGAACUUUUAUCUGUAAAAAACAAGAAAAUUGUGCUGUCUAGUGUGCUCAAUAUAAGGAAUGUGCAAUGAUUUAUACUUUUACUUUAAAUACUUAAGUGUAUUUAAAACCAAAUACUUUUAGACUUUUACUCAAGUAGUAUUUUACUGGGUGACUUUCACUUUUACUUGGGGUAAUUGUUAUUAAUUGUUAUACAUUUACUCAAGUCUAACAAUUGAGUACUUUUCCACCAUACAGUCUAUGUACCCCAUUAUAUAUGCAUAAAGUACUAGUCAAACGUUUGGACACACCUACUCAUUAACAAGGCACACCUGUUAAUUGAAAUUAAUUCCUCAUGAAGCUGGUUGAGUGAAUGCCAUGACAAAGCUGUCAUAAAGGCAAAGGGAGGCUACUUUGAAGAAUCUAAAAAAUGAAAUAUAUUUUGAUUUGUUUAACAAUUUUGGUUACUACAAGAUUUCAUAUGUGUUAUUUCAUAGUUUGAAAUGUCUUCACUAUUAUUCUACAAUGUAGAAAAUAGUAAUAAAAUAAAGAAAACCC